GGUGGUUGAAAAACAACAAUGUAAUAUGUGCUUUUAAUGCAAAACAAAGAAAUGUGGCUAAAAAUUGGUCAUGUGACGAUCUUAUUGUUAAAAACGCUCCAUUUAUGGUUGAAAAAAAAGAUUCAAAAGGAUCUUAUGAAAUCAAGGAAUCGCCAUGUGCAUAUAUAGAAAAUCUACAAGGACAUAUAACAAAUGUACUAGAUAGACUAGAUAGCAACAACAUUUUAUUAUACAACAAGAUUAAAGACAACGAAAUCCAUAUAAAAAUAGGAGGUGAUUAUGGAGGUGAUUUGUUUAAAAUGUUUUAUCAAGUGGCGAAUGUGGAGAAGCCUAAUGCCAAAACUAAUACAACAAUAUUUAAUAUAUUUAAGGCAAAAGAUUAUACCACAAAUUUGAAAAUUUCAUUGGCAAGAUUUACAUCAGAUAUUGAUUUGUUGCAAAAAAUGAUUUGGAAGUAAGAACAUAUUACAAACAACAAAAUAAUUCAAUUAUUCAAACA